AUGAAUGCUUAUCUGUUUCUUUUAACAAUAUAUUGUUCGAUUGUAUAUGUUUUUCCUUAUACUGAUCCAUCUGUAGCAAAUCCACAAUUAGUGAAAAAAUUUGAAUAUAAACUAUCGUUUAAAGGUCCUCAUCUUGCGUUUAAAGACGGAAGUGUACCAUUUUGGUCAUUUGGUGGAAGUGCUAUUGCCAGUGAUGAUCAAGUGCGUAUUACACCAUCGAUUCGUAGUCAAAGAGGUUGGAUUUGGAGUAAAAAUUCGUUAUCAGCCAAUGAUUGGCUUCUCGAUGUAAAAUUACGCGUAACAGGACGUGGUCGACUCGGUGCUGAUGGAAUGGCUAUUUGGUUUACAGAAAAUCCAGGUGUAGAAGGUAGUGUCUUCGGUUCCAACGAUCAAUGGAAUGGAUUAGGCAUUUUUCUUGAUUCAUUUGACAAUGAUGCAUUGCAAAAUAAUCCAAUAAUUGCUGUGAUGGUUAAUGACGGAACAAAAUCUUAUGAUCAUCAACAUGAUGGUAGUAGUCAAAUUCAAGGCAGUUGUAUUCGAGAUUUUCGAAAUAAACCAUUACCUAUUCGACUUAAAAUUGAAUAUAUUAAUCAAGGAUUAACAAUUUAUAUUAAUAAUGGAAUCUCACAAGAUGAUAAUGCAUUUGAAUUUUGUACACACAUUGAUCGUAUACAAUUACCUAAAGUUGGUUUUCUUGGUGUAACAGCUGCAACGGGGGGUCUUGCUGAUGAUCACGAUGUUUUAGAAUUUUUAACACAUACAUAUUCUGAUAGACAAGUUGCAGCACAAAAUCAAGCAGCAACUGAUGAACAAGCUAAAAAAUAUAAAGAAGAAUACGAAAAAUAUGAACAAGAACUUGAACAACAACAAGCCGAUUAUCGAAAAGAUCAUCCAGAUGCAACAACACCAUUGAAUGAACAACAAUUGUAUGAAACGGAAUAUGAUCGUGAAUUUCGUGUUAUCUUAGAAGGUCAAGAUCAAAUUCGUGUAGCAUUAACAAGUAUUGAUAAAAAAAUGGCUGAACUUUUGGGACGUAUUGAACGUUUAUCAUCAACUGGUGGUGGACAAGCCCAAGAUGUACCUAGUAUUGGUUCAAAUGUACCUGCUGAUGUAGCUCGAAUUCAAGAUAUAAAUCGAGUUAUUAAUGCAAAUACUGAUAUGACACGAACUAUUCAAAGUUUUUCACAAAUAUUAACUGAUCUUCAACAAAAAGUCAAUUAUGUUCAAACGAAUUUCAAAAAUCAGCAGCCAGUUGGUACAGGAAAUCAAGCAGCUACUUCAAAUGUAGAUCCAAAAGUAUUAAAUGAACUUCGAGAUACAAUUCGACAAAUUAAGUCUGAAACAAAUACACUUUUUGUUGAAGAUCAGUUAAUAUUUGUCUAUUCAUAA